AUGUUUGACCGGGGCGUCGUCCACCUAAUCGACGGCGUCGACAUUGACCGGCCGCGAAACGCACUCACACUCGCGCCUCUUAUGCACGGUCACUUUGGCGCGUUCCGGAUUUAUUUUGAGGAAGUUCAUGGCCAGUACAACACGUACCGGAUUGGGUCGUUUCUGUCAGCGCUACACAACCGUGCCAUCAACCUGCCUGUCACGCGCACGCUGUAUGUGACGGAAGACAGGACGAUCGACCCACCUUCACCACGCCUUCUCGCCGUCCACCGCGCCAUUGCGCACAUCUUGCACCUAUCUGGAGCCGGCGAAUAUAUUGACUGGAUCCUACGGGACAUGGAGGAGCACGCUGUGCGAGCCGACGGGAGCUCGGCGCUGGGUCGGCUGGUGAGCCUGGGACUCGGCGGGUGGAUGGACGGCGCUGUUUAUUUGUGA